AUGUUGCCUAAACAACUCAUCAUUGGCUUGAUAAGCCUUUGUCUUAUGAUCAGAUGCACUGGUGGUAAUGAGAGGUGUGAGGCCUCCAUUAGAGGGGCGUGUCCUCCUGCUUGGAUCCAGUGGGGUGACAAAUGCUACAAACAAGGCAGCGAAGAUCUACCAUGGCUUGAGGCAAAACAGGAGUGCAUCCAGAUGGGAAGUGUCUUGGUCAUGCCACAGUCUCAGGGGGAAACUGACUUCCUUCUGAAGAACCUGAUCCACAAGUUUUGGAUAAACUGCAACGAUCUUCAAGUUGAAGGUACAUGGGUGUGUCAAGAUGGCACUACUGAUGUGGAGUACAGAAACUGGAAGGAGGGUGAACCUAAUAAUGGCGGGGGAAGAGAAGAUUGUGCAGCAGCGGGAAAAUCUGGUUGGAAUGAUGUUCAAUGUGAGGAUCUCUCUCCUGUUAUCUGCCAACGACCAGCACCACAACUGCACUUUUAA